UUGCAGAGAGUAAGACAAUAGCUCAGCUAAUCUUUAAGACCUUGAUCUUACUAGUAAGAAAAAAACACCAUGCAGCCUUAAGAUAUAUCCCUUUAGUCUCUUUUCACAGACCUGACCUCUCAUAGCUCUUUGAAUUCUCAUAAGAUUACCAAAUAUAUACAAAAGAAAACAUCAAAAGUUUUAUAAUUUAUAACAAAAUACAAAAAAUGGAGGAUGCAAAUGUUUACACACAAGAUGGCACCGUCGACCUCCAAGGCCGUCCCGUCCUCGCGUCCAAGACGGGCCGUUGGAAAGCUUGCUCUUUCCUCCUUGGGUAUGAAGCGUUUGAGCGGAUGGCGUUUUAUGGAAUAGCUUCGAACUUGGUGAAUUAUUUGACCACAAAACUUCACGAAGACACGAUCUCUUCGGUUAGAAAUGUGAAUAAUUGGUCCGGUGCCGUUUGGAUCACCCCGAUCGCCGGAGCUUACAUCGCCGACUCAUACAUCGGCCGCUUCUGGACUUUUACCGCCUCCUCUCUCAUCUACGUCCUGGGGAUGAUUCUCUUAACAAUGGCGGUAACGGUAAAAUCCUUAAGACCCACAUGCGCAAACGGGGUAUGCAACAAGGCAUCCUCUUUACAAAUAGCAUUUUUCUACAUGUCUCUCUAUACCAUAGCCAUUGGAGCCGGUGGAACAAAACCUAACAUUUCCACGUUUGGAGCGGAUCAAUUUGACAAUUACAGCCUUAAAGAGAAAAAACAAAAGGUUUCAUUCUUCAAUUGGUGGAUGUUCAGCUCCUUCUUGGGUGCCUUGUUCGCGACAUUAGGGCUCGUCUACAUCCAAGAGAAUCUUGGGUGGGGUUUAGGUUAUGGCAUCCCUACACUAGGACUCUUGGUUUCUCUCAUGGUGUUCUAUAUUGGAACACCAUUUUAUAGACAUAAGGUCAUCAAAUCAGAAAAUUUGGCCAAAGAUUUGGUUAGAGUCCCUAUCGCGGCAUUCAAAAACCGAAAGCUUCACUGUCCUAAUGACGUUUUGGAGCUUCAUGAGCUUGACUCACAUUAUUACAAAAGCACUGGUAAACAUCAAGUUCAUCACACUCUCAUAUUCAGGUUCUUGGAUAAAGCGGCUAUUAAGACAUGUUCGGGAGAGUCACCUUGUACGGUGACAAAAGUGGAAGUGGCAAAGCGUGUGCUAGGUCUUACCUUAAUAUGGCUUGUCACUUUAAUCCCAAGCACCUUAUGGGCACAAGUGAACACUCUCUUCGUCAAACAAGGGACCACCCUGGACCGAAAACUCGGAUCCCACUUCCAAAUCCCGGCGGCUUCGUUGGGAAGCUUUGUUACACUCUCAAUGCUUCUUUCAGUGCCAAUGUAUGACCAAUACUUUGUUCCCUUCAUGCGCAAGAAAACCGGAAACCCUAGAGGGAUCACUAUACUCCAAAGGCUAGGGAUAGGGUUUGUGAUCCAAAUUGUUGCAAUCGCGGUUGCUUCGGCCGUAGAGGUCAAGAGGAUGCGGGUAAUAAAGGAAUUUCACAUAGCUAGCCCGAAACAAGUUGUGCCUAUGAGUAUUUUUUGGUUGCUCCCUCAGAACUCUCUUCUAGGCAUUGGAGAUGUGUUCAAUGCGAUUGGUUUGCUUGAGUUUUUCUACGAUCAGUCACCUGAGGAAAUGCAGAGCCUUGGAACAACGUUUUUUACGAGUGGGAUCGGUCUUGGGAACUUCUUGAAUAGCUUCUUGGUGACAAUGGUUGAUAAGAUCACGACUAAAGGGGGAGGGAAGAGUUGGAUUGGGGAUAAUUUGAAUGAUUCAAGGCUAGAUUACUAUUAUGGGUUUCUAGUGGUGAUUUCGAUUGUGAACAUGGGUUUGUUCUUGUGGACAGCAAGCAAGUAUGUUUACAAGAGUGAUGAGAUCAAAGAUUUUAGUGGAGGAUGUGUUGAAAUGGAGGCCAAAGCCUUGGACACAUCUCCUCUUACUAUCCAAUUAUAACAAUGCUAUACAUGUAUAUAUAUAUAUAUAUAUAUAUAUAUAUAUAUAUAUAUAUUUGGUUUUCAAGAAAUUUUGUAAGUUGUGGUAUUCUGAUAACAUGAUAUGAAUAAAACUUUAGUGUUUAUUCUAAUCAAUCAGUUAAAACUUGGAAGAAUGAAACAAUUAUUCAAGUCUAUAUAUGGAUUUGCUCUACUUGUUGAACACAAA